GAAUAAAUUAAACUUAAACCCUAUUUUAAUUUCCAUAAUUUAAAUUUGGCAGAAAAAGAAAUCACUACAAUCUAAAUACAACUACUAUUUCAAGCAGUACCUCCCGAGUCCACCCAACAGCUCCGACGGCGUGCGCAAGCAACAGCAAUUGAGGCGUCUCCGUUAGUUUUCACGGCCAACAGUCACCUGGUCACCGCCCCGAGGCUCUGAAACUCCCAACACUACAAUUCCCAGAAACCCGAGACCUUCUGUCGAACAGUAGAGUUCAUAUUCAAAACUUCUGAGCUCUCCGCAGCCCGGCCGCAUCCCGUUACAGAGUUCAGCGUUUACAGAGAUUAGGAAUGGUAAUUUUGUUUACUUUCUACAAAUCUGGGUUGUUAUUAUGAUAACCCUGCUUUCCGAGCUCAUAUUUAAUUUCAUAGCUUCUGCGCAAAAAAGAUUGAAUCUUUUUCUGUGUUAGUACUAUGUUGGAGGGUGCCUUUUUCAGGAUUUGAGUAGUGUAAUGAGAAGAAUCAAAAGCUUAGAAUGUUCCCUCUUUAGGAUGGUGCUGGUCAUAGGUUUAUAUCAACUCAGGAAUUGAACUCUCCUGCUGUUUAAUUGAUUCUGUUCUUAGGUUCAAUCAUAUAUUUGUCACAUUUAUAUAAUUGGGGUUCUUUCCCCCUCAUUCUUUUACAUUCAAACCCGAUAUCUUGUGUUACACAUGGAUGUGAACUUAUGAUUUUGGUGAACUUCUUUACAAUUUCAGUUUGAUGAAGUUCUGAGCUUGUAAAUGAGAAGUGUGAUUGCAUUAUCCAUUGUCUAUUUGAGAAGUUGAUAUUGGUUAGUUUCUACUUGGACAGGGUGGUGAGCAGAACAAUAUACAACCAGAGAAGGGUUCUAAAGGAGCACCACUGCCUCCGUUAGUGAAGUUUAAUAGAGCAUUCAAAUUGGCUGAAGAAUGGGUCGGUAAGAUGAGUAACAUGGAUGAGCUUGAUAAAUCAGCUAAAGUGAAGAUAGAAACUCGUCCUCCUAGGCUGGGUGUUGGAGCAAUUGUUCCUCGUGAAACCAAAGUUAUGCAUUCAAAUGACCCUGUUGAAAGGAGAUUACGUGCCAAACUGGUGACUAGUAAAACAAAAGCUGCCAAGCACGAUGACAAAUCUGCAGGUCCUGGGAAAGGUGGGAGUAUUGAGGAAGACACUGAUGAUGAUGAACUUGAAAGUAAAACCAAACUAUUCGAGAGAAAAAGACCUGUAGAUUGGUCCUCAAGUUUACAAGCGAAGAAACAACAUAGAUAACUUGAGAACUUGUUGCAUCUUGAUCACUUUGGGUAGGGAUGCAUGAACUUAACUGCGAGUUUAUCAUUGGUAAAGUGGUUUUGUAUGCAGUCUAGGAGGGACUAAUUCUUCAAUUGCUUUUGACUUGGAGACCAUUAGACUUGUUCUACAUUCUGUCCAGGCUUUUUAGGCAGCAUUUAGUAAAUUACAUUUGGGAUAAAUGCAACCAAAUUGUGCAAGCUUGCUGUUGUUGGUAGAGCUGGAAUCUAUGAGCUAGUCAGUUAUUUGAAUCAAACGGAUUAGUCUCCUGACAUGAGACUGCAUCUUUGUAAAAUGGAGAUUGAGAUUUAUGUUAUGUACUUCAGAGCUUCUGCUACUGUAAUUAACACAACCUUAUUAGUAAUUGGAUUGUUUCUUUUCAGGAAACACAUUUGGCUCUGGAUUGUAUGUUAUGCCUUAUUCAUCUCUCCCAUAUUUGAUAUAAAUCAAAGAUAUCUUUCUGAAAAAAUUUCC